AUGAAUAUGGGUGAUAACGACGCAAAAUCUGCAAAACCGUUCAAACAGCGAAAAAGCUUUGGUGAGCCAUUGUGUUGUGAAAAAGCGUUAUAAGACUUAUUUACAUAUGGCAGCUUUGUUGUUGUUGCGUACGAAAGCACGUUCAUGAACGCUGCUCUUUCUGUCAUUUCAGUAAGUAGAAGAGAUGAGGUGGCAGGGAUUAGAGCAAAGUUUCCAUCGAAAAUACCAGUAAGAAUUGUGCUUUGUUACUUCCACUACUUAAGCAAACAUUGUCUAUUUCUAUUGCAAUGUACUUAACUUAUAUUUGGUCCAAGUUUGUUGUGUUUUCUCAAUUAAUACAAAAUGUUCAUGUAAAAAUAAAAAGAAUAUCCUUAUCUCACUGUAGGUUAUAGUUGAAAGAUAUCACAAAGAAAAAGAUCUCCCAUUACUCGACAAGACAAAAUUUCUCGUCCCACAAGAGCUGACAAUGAGCCAGUUCGUCACUAUUAUAAGGUGAGGAGUUUAAAAGCCAUAGUUUAACUGAAAAACUUGCUCGAGCCGAUUCUUUGUGUGCAGGUUCUUGUGUGAUUAUAUCAGUCUUAUUUAACUAGCAACUUGCCAGCCAGCAAUGCAAAUUUCUGGCUUUAAAAAAACUAGAAAGAAAUUAAACGUGAAGGUGAAUCCUCAAGUCACUGAAAUAUCAACUUCCAACCCCAGCUAAACCAGGUGCCUAGUGUACCAUAAAAGUUUGGUAAAAUGUGCAUUUAAAAAUACUGACUCUACUCUGUUGUUGAAUUGAUUAACCCUUUCACUGCUAGACCAAAUUAACUAAUCUGUGUUUGGUUUUACUUUGAAAAUAUUAUUUGUCUUCUUUGGGCAUUUAUAAGUCAUUCUGCAUUGAUCAGGUUUGGGCUUGAUGACCUGUCAGACAAAAUAAUUAUUAUCAUUGGCAAGAAGUCCAGAACUGAACAAUACCUCUUUAUUAUUUUACUUUGUUUGUAAAAAGUAACAAUAUUGGGAUAUUUAAUGAAAAUUGUCAACCCUAAUUGCCACCACAUACACAGUUUAAAUCCUUAGAUCUUUGUGUUUGGGUGAGGGGUGAGGGAGACUGUGGACUGUAGGAAAAUGGCAUGUGUGUAAUAUGAGGAUAGCAAGUUUUUUCCCCUUGUUUGGGAGACAUGGAUGAUUCUAACAUGAGAACGUUUUGCUAGUGGAUAUUCUAGAUAUAUUUUCACUCGCAGAUUAUCAAAAUCACUCGCAUUUUGCGAGUUUGCAAGUGUUAACUUUGAGCCCUGAAGUGAACAACUUAAAUGUUAAUGAGCUGGUGGUUCUACUAGCAGAAACGAUAACAAUAGCUCUACUUGCUCUAAUGCGGGCAAUGUCUCUCUGCCUGCCUCUACUGGGCAAUUCCAGAAAAUAUCCAAACCAUAGUGUGGACUGCUUCCAUAUCUUAACCCCCCCCCCCCCCCCCCCCCCCCUCUUUUUUUGUUUGGGUGUCACAAAAACAAAAAAAAAAACAGUGUUUUUUUGUGUGGGAGUGAAAAAAGACAUUUUUCUUCUUUUUUUUUUUUUUUUUUUUUAUAAAAAAAAAAAAAAUAUUGUAAACAUUUUUUUUUGUGGUGUAUUUUUUUCUACCACCCGCUCCCAUCUGCAUUGUUAGAUUGAUAGGUUCACAAUAAACAGUACAGACAUUGUUGAUCUGCGGAUCAGUACAGAAAAGCUUCUUAUACCUUUCAUUUCUGUUAUUUCUUGCACAAAGAAAAAAUAAGUUUUAAGCUCACUGCUUUUGAAGGGUCAUUAUUUUCGAGGGGUUGCUACUUCUGGUAGUUGUCAAAACCCCUGAAAUUUUAUUGCUACUUUCAGGGGGUUGUUACAGUACUUUCGGAACUUUACAUGUAUUUUCCUACCCUCUUAGCCAUUUCAGAUAUUCAACUAAAGGCUUGAGGUUGUCUAUUCAACAACAACUUUUCUUCACCAUCUCUCAGGAUCUCUAGAUCUCCUGCAAGAUGGUGCUCUUCUUUGUGGUAUGUGCAUGCUUGUGCCCCUUUAAACACAUAUCUCUGAAUUCCUAAACUUCUGAUUCUUCUGAUCUAAAUCCCUCAUCAGAGGUUAAAGGAAGGUGAUGGUAUGUUUGACUAAUGUUCACCUACAAGGGUCAAAAUAGUCCCAGAAGAGGGCAUGUGCUUACUGGCAGUGAGUAGUCUGUACAAAAAAAGACCAAACGUACCAACUACGAUCAACUACAUUCAGGCAGUGGUUUCACGAAAACCGAAUGUCCAUCAAAAACCAUGUGCUUGCAAAACAAAACCAUUCAUCAUAGCAGUCGCGUUGUGUACGUGUAUAGCGACUUCUAAUGUGUGGUUCCAGAAAAUAUCCAUACCCCCCCCCCCAUGGAAGACUCUUUGAUUUGCACCUCCCCCCCCCUCACCCCUCAGGAUUUUCCCGUUCCAGGGGGUCCUUGAUGACCCCUCCUCCCCCCAGGAAUUUACAGAAUUUUUAAACGGGAACUUCGCUUACCACCCUUUAGAAAUUCAAAGUGGUUUGGGCACUUAAAAACAAAGAAAGUGAAUGCUAACUCAGUUACGAAAAUAUGGUAGAAUUUUAUUACAAUAAUGCAGUGUAAACUUUUGUUAAGCUUAUUAUUCAGCCAAACUUUUAGCUUCUUCGCCAUCACGUUUGCAAAUUAUGUCUGUGUUGUUUUUAUGUAAGCUUAUAAGCUUAAACAUUUGGUUGCAAAGUUUAAAUGUCGAUUGUUCCAGGUUUUUGUGCUUACUCUGACACGAAGGCUGUGAAGAGAACUUAAGUUUCACCUGCUUAAACAACUUUGCAAACGAUACCAAAAAAACCCAGAAACUUACAAGGUUCCUUUCUGGCUGUGUAUUUUUCUACACAUUUUGUCAGUUUCUUCCGGGUGAUUCUUAUUUAAGGGCCUAAAACUUCACUAACACAUACCAACAUGGUAGGUUUCGUGAACAUUGUCACGAUUGCAGAAGUAAUUUUACUGGCCAAUAAGCCAGGCCUUGUGAAGGUCAAGCAAGAAAUGGGAUUGAAAGUACUCUUGUCUUAUUAUAUUGUUUAUGAGUUAUACUACCCCCAAUAAACAUGGAUAAAACAUGAAACCUAUCAAAAAUGUGUUUCCUACAUGUAAAGGUGGCAAAAAAAGAUACUCAGUGAAGAGAAGUGAAAGCACUUUAGUGUUGGUCAGACGAAAACGAGAUGAAGACAAGACUCCAGUUAUGUCCGCCAUUUUAAAUCGUUUUGACUUCGUUCCAAAGACACAUUGUUCUUCUGGAGAUUGUAGCGCUAGCUAACUAAAAAAAAAAGCAGAAACGUUAAAGCUCAUCUCUAUGGCCCGGAGUACCAACUUUUGUUUCAUAACAAUGUACAUAAGUAUGUUUUGGUUCUUCAGAUCACUCAUACAUUGCUUUCAAUGUUUUGUGAGUGGUUCGUCACCCUUUGGAAAAGUAGUUUCUCACAAACCCCUGUACUCCUUGGAAAUAUUUACUGCCUUUGAACCCUCCUCUUCAGAAUUUCCAACGAUCUUCCGGGGAGGGGGGCAUGGAUAUGUUCUGGAACCACAAAAUCUGCACAGGCACUUGCCAUCAGUCUGAAUUUGCUGUUUGUGAAGUCAUUCAAAAUAAUCCACUUAGUAGUUAUAGUUCUCAUUUUCUCAUACAUUUUAAAAUUAAAACUGUCAUAACUUCUUAGCUUUUUAAUCAAAUCGUAGCAGUAUAAUCAAAAUCUUAAUCUUAAACCAAUCUUAACAUUUUGAACUGACCAGAAAAUGCAGUUGCAUCUAUAGGACUUGAAUAUGUUGCAUUCCAGUGUCGAAAUAUAGUUUUUGUUUCCACUAAAUGACAAGUGACAGCCAUGUAACAGACAUUGAAAAUCUGUGGUAAAAAGAUGGGGUCAUUAUGCUUAUUUUUACCCUGUGUGCCUGGCUCUAAGUCUCCCUGAUUUGAGACCAGAAUUUAUUUAGUUGUGUUAACUUUAGGCAAUGAAAGGAUAUAAUCAUGUCAAACAUUGUACCUGGAUGAGUGUUAGGUGACAAGAUUUCUAAUUGCGGGUGGAGCUUUGUCUGAAAUACAGUCAACUCCCGAUAACUCAAACCUUCAAGGGAAAUCGAAAAAAGUUCAAGUUAUCGGGAGUUCGAAGAAAAUAGCCAAGAGUAAGGUAAAAAAACGGUUUUUACUGCACAGUGAACAUUUUAAUCACAUUUAAUUGUAGAAAUGUCAAGUGAAAAUUAAAAGAUACUUCUAGAUUUUAAAUCAGAACGUAACGUAACCAAACAUAGCCUAAAUAGAGCAUGCGUUUUACUGUUUUGAGAAGUAAAGCUGCUUCACGUUAGCCUGUGACAAUCAACAUGAGCCUCCAUUAGUAAACUACACUCCUACAACACGUUAACAGGAAAUCCAAAAUUCAAUGUUUCGGACGCCAGUAGACGGCUUUUUUCCCGACUUUUUAAGGGCUCAAAAUGUGGUUCAAGUUAUUGAGGGUAAAAUUAAAUAGAAAAUGACCUGAGGGGAAACGAAAAUUGGUUUGAGUUAGCAUGACUUCCAGUUAUUGAGGGUUCGAGUUACCGAGGGUAAAAUUACAGUAAAUGUAUGACGGAAAUCCAAGGGAAAUCGAUUUUGGUUCGAGUUAGCGCGAGGUUCGAGUUAGCAAGGGUUGAGUUAUCGGGAGUCGACUGUACCAUAAAAUUCCAAAAGUAAGCCACUCCAUGUAUAAGCCUGUCAAAAUCGAAAUGCAAAAAACCUUCUGUUAAAUCGCCCCUCCGAAAAUAAGCCCCCCAGGAAGCUUGUACUUGGAAUUUGCUCUCGAAUACAAAGUAAAACAAAGCAAAAAUAGUAAAUUUCCUUCCCACUACAAGCAAUUGUAGCCCAAUCGACUUUGAAACACAAAUUACCCUCCAUACAUAAGCCCGUCGAAAAAAUAAGUCCCUCAAAAAGGGCGUUUGAAAAAUAUAAGCCCCAGGGCUUAUGUUCGGAAUUUUAUGGUACUACUUUUUGUUGUUGAUAGCAUGUCUUGGAUUCUUUGAGUUUCAAUGGAUGGGAGUCUUAUUCUUUCCAAGAGAUCUUGAUAAGAUGCACUUUUAUCUUAGAAGAUGUACCUCAAAGCCCUUUCGUUGACUUUCUCGAUUUUAGCAGUGUUUCUUUUUCUGUAGUGGUGCCAGACUUGGUUACAAUAUGGCAGUAUAAAUGAGCGAUAAAGCGAUUUGUUGGUUGUAAGUGGCAAAAUGUUCUUCAAUCUGUUCAGAGCACUUAUCUGAGCACUUACUUUGCGACAAAUACUUGAAAUGUGAUCGUCAAAUUUUAAUUCAUUAUCAAGGACAACUCCCAGAAGACAAGUCUGUGAUUUUAAAGUCAAUAUCAGCUAAUUUAAAGUUCAGUUGCCAAGUACCGUAGCCUGAUAUUUAUCUGGGUUUGGUUUCAUGCCAUUUUGAAUAAACCAUGAAGUAGCAUUCUUAAAGUCACCCAAUUCUCAUUUUUGUCAAUAACCCUGCAAUGCUCCACAUCCGGGGAUUUUCAAUUUGUGUCAGUGAACUUAGCUCCAUGUGUGAUUUAUCUUCUGGUGUGAUUUAACGUUCCUUACAUUUACUUAAAUGGGGAAUAAAAAUAAUCUUGAACAGCCCACCAUGCAUUUAGCGAUGACCUUACGAGGGAAUGUUAAAAUAAUAUUUUCUACUUUAUGGUUAUACACAACAAUUUUUUUUGGUCAUCAGGAAUCGCAUGUCAUUAUCAUCAACACAAGCAUUUUACCUUAUUGUCAACAACAAAAGUUUAGCAAGUAUGUCCAUGACAAUGGCUGAAGUUUACAAGGAGGAAAAGGAUGAAGAUGGAUUCCUAUACAUGGUUUACGCUUCUCAAGAAAUGUUUGGCCUAUGA